GGUUUUUCGUAAACAACACGAACAAAACAUCGCGAAAAUUCAAUGCAGCGGGUGGAAAAUCUCUGUUGUGACGCGUGAAAAACGGAGGGAUCGUGUGAGGGGCGUAUAAGAGCAUACAUCGAGUGGGCAGGAUGGAGGAGAAGGCGGAGAGCGAGCAAAGCUUCAGCGGGGAGAGCAGCAGCUCGUCGGGCAGCUCCAGCGGCAGCACCGAGGGCGAGGAUGAGGCUAUGGAGAUGGUGCGUGUCCUCGGCCACACCAUCGAACUUCCGCAAGAGCUCUGCGAGGAUUACGGCGUAUUCAGGGAAUUCUUCUCCAUGAGAACUUGGGAGGAGAUAGAAGACGACCAUAAGGACAGUCUCAAGCAGCUCUUGCCGAAAUUCCCUGAAAAUGAUGAGGAGGAGAAGGAAAAAACUAUCAAAAUGUUAUUUAAUUGUGAACCUUUUAACUUUACAUCUCCUUUAGAUGAUUUCUUUAAUAAUUUGAGGCAAGGAAACUUUAGACCAGACAUAGCAAAGAUGAGAAAGUUCCUUAAGAAAGCUAGAGCAAAGCAGCAGAGGCAUAGGAUUAAGUCAUACUAUGCAAAGUUAUUGCCAGAACUGUUGAUAUCAAGGGAGCGCUUAUUAGCAGCUGCCAAAGCCUGCCCUCCAGGACCCAUACCUCGCAUACCACUGCUGCCUCCAAAGCCUACUGCUAAGAGCAAAUACAAGCCAUUGUAUCUUAGAGUAAAACAGAGGUAUUUUGAGGAGCUGUCAGCAAUCAGAAGUGAGGUGGGAGGAGAGGAAUCUGAGGAUGAAAACUACCCUGAAGGUCCUCCUGAGGUUACUAAUAAGAGAAAAAAACAGUUAACUGCUGGCCAGAGUACGGACGGUAAUGUGUCUGGGACACUAGGUGGGUCUGAAGCAUCCCAACCUAACUCUCUGGAUUGUUUGAAAAAUGUCUUGGCUGCUCACAGAGCUAGGAGACAAUACAGAGAGAAUCACCCUGAAUUAAACACGACAGGAAUAACCUUAGAAGAUAUAAAACAAAGGGUAACAGUAGUUAAUGGAGCUAAAAAACUUAUGUUUGGUGGCCAGAAGAUAGAUACACCUAUACAGAGGAUGAAAAGAGGUCCAAAAAAAGAGAAACAUAUUAAAUCUGAUGGCAAAAGCAUUAGAAAAAAGGAUGAUAUACAUGACAGUAUUGAGAAUAAGCCUCUUUUGCCAAACAUUAAAAUAAAAUGUGAACAAGAAGAAUCAGAUUCGGAAAGCUCUUCAUUUGUGGACCCUGUAGCCAGCCCUAGGCAAUCUAAGAAGCUGUUUGAUCACAUGGAUAUUAAACAGGAAGUUGUUGAUAUUAAAUAUCCUAAUAUGACUAAUAUGAACUGCAAUGAUGCUAACUUAGAAAGUAUUAUAAAACAAGAACCUCCAGACCCGUCUAUGCUGAUGCAAGGAUCCAAGAUCAUGCAGCAUGUGCCUAUCAAGUUGGAAGACCUGGAUGGAAUUGACAUGAUGGCUUUACCUGUAGAAAUAGCGGACGAUUCAGGCGAGGUUGUGGUAAACACGUCAAACGAGCUGGAAGACGCUAUAGACCCGGACGAAUCAUUAACAGAAACUACCCAUGCAAAUUUCUUGUCUCUGGUGCGAGCGCUGUUCCCUGCGCGUGCGGCGCACAGGGCGUCGAAACAGCAGCUUCAUGCGAGGUGCGCCGCGGUCAUGAGGUCGCCUAUUGCACCGCUUAACACGUGGUAUAGCUUGGCAGAUGAUUGGUGUGCAGAACUAGACAGCGCUCUGGCUUUCUUAGCAGGCGAGCGAGGGCCACACCCGGACGACUACGUGCCAUAUUUACAGUUUAUGCCAGAAACACAGAUGUACCAGUGGAUCGGCGCGGGGCGUGAUUGCGACGCACUGUUAGGGCGACUAUGUGAACGUUGGCUGCGUGCCGUCUCUCCGCCACCGCCCGCCACAGAGCCACCACCGCCCAAAUAUCCGACGUCAUGGGUGAUGCGUCCGCCAACGAGCGCCGAAAUAGCAGAGUUUCGCAUUCAAGAAAGAAAGAGAUUUGCUUCAGCUGCCAAACCCUUUACAUAUGUACAGCACGGAUACCGGUCAGUGGUGGGCCCCGUUCCCCGCUGCGGCGCGGGCGGCGCGGCGCUGGGCGGCGCGGGCGCACUGGUCGCCGACCGCCCGAGGCACGCCAGCUACCUCGCGCUCGUCAGAGACGCUGUCGCCAGGCUGCCCAACGGGGAGGGAUCUAGGCAUGAUGUGGUCAUGCUACUCAAGAUGUCACAAUGGAUAACGCCUACUUCAGACCAAUCGUUAUUGAGCGCUGUGUCGACUGCGCUGGACAGAUUGCAUUCGGCAAAACGCGAUCCCAUCGUCAAAUACGACCAGAGAUCAGCUGUUUGGACAUAUCUCCAUAGGCACAGGAGCGAAGAAGACUGGAUAAAGGCAAGCGGCGGUCGCAGCCGUGGCGGUAAGACGGCAGCCGUUGCCGCGCCUCUGCCGGCUGCGGCGUCGCCGGCGCCUGCGGCUGCGCUGCCCCCGCCCCCCGCACCUGUCAGGCUGUCACCGCUCACGUCGCCUCACGCCAUGGAAAUGGAUGUAGCCAGCAUAGAAGAGAUAGUUGACAACGGAUCCGACACUGAUGUCGACGUCGAUGACAGUAGUUCCCCGACGGCUGUGCCGCACUUAUCCUCCGCACAGCUUCUGAUGCAAGCGACGCAAGCGCAGGGCAAGCAACCUUCACUACAACACAGCAGGCCUAAAGGAAAACUCGUCGCAGUCACACCUCCUAAAUCCAAAACUACUAAACAAUCGAUCCAAACCAAACCGACACAGAAACAAGCGAAUCUUAUGGCUCAAGCGGCCAAGCAGGCCAAUCUUGUCACUCAAGUGAUGAAACAAAACGCAGUUCAAACUGUUAAGCAGGUUCCAGCUAAAUCGGCGCCUAUUCCUCAGCCGAAACCGACAACGUCGGGAGUGCAACAAACGAAAGCGAACACCCCACCACCGAAACAAACUCUAAUAAGUCAAGCCGCGAAACAGGCAGCGUUGAUGGCUCAGUCCGCUAAACAAGCUAGCGUCAUAGCGCAGUUGACGAAACAAACACUACCAAAAGCUAAUAUGAUUCAAACAAAGCAGGUGAAUGUGGUAAAACAGCCUAGCCAAUCUCCGAAACAACUUACCCAGACCACAGCUGUUAAACCGACCCUUACCCAGCCAGUUAAUCAGCCUCCAGUUGUAAAACAAACUACGCCUCAGCCAGCACCGAAGCAGGAACCGCCGAAGGUUGCUCAAAUACAAAAACCUUUGCCGACAACUGUUCCAACGCCCACCAAAUCGCCCCUCAUAAAACAGAGGCCUUUACAAAAGCAGCCUGAAACGUCACAAGUUUCGGUACCAAUGCCUAACAUACUGAGUCAACAAACCGUCCAACCGGCAGCAAUGCAACCUGCUGCAGUUAUCGCCGCUCAAAACCAGGUUAAGGUGGCGCAAGGUCCUCGAUCACUAUUGAUUAGACCUCCUGUAGCACAGGUCACUGUCGCUGCGGCAUCAACCCCUACUCCACAGACGACGGCAGUCGGGCCGCGGCGCGGCGUAGUGCGAGUGUUAAGUCCCGCGGCACCCUCUGCGGGCAAGUCACUAAUCUCGCCUCGAGCACUUAUGCAACAAAACAUGCCCACCGCCAAAAAGCGCACUAUGAUUGUGGAUACGCCCACUGUCACUACUGUAGCACAGAACGCCGGUAGUACAACUACUGUAGUAAGCAGCUUGCCGACGUCAGUGACAUCAUCAGUAGCCACGCGUACAGUGCAGCUUGCGGGCGGUAGAACCGUCCAGUUGGCCGCCAACCAAACUGUCCACCUGCCUGGCGGACAAGCCGUGCAACUGUCAUCUGGACAUACGCUACAACUAUCAUCGCUGCAACUCCCGACGCAUAGUGUCAGAUUACCUAGUGGCCAGACUGUUCAAUUAGCCUCGUCUCAAGCCAUACGUGCCGUGUCAAAUGCAACAGUGAAAACAUCCAGUCCCCGCACGCAACCCUCCUCUCCCACAGUCAAAGCGGUUCAAUCUGGUUCCACAGUACAAAUCCCAAUAUCAACAGUCCAACUCGCCGGUCAAACGGUACAAAUCGCCGGGCAAACCGUACAACUUGCUGGUCAAAGUGUACAAUUGACAGGUCACACGGUGAAAUUACCUAGUGGUCAGACAGUUCAAGUGGCGAGUCAAAACAUGCUAUCGUCGCAAAGUGUGCAAUUGCCAAGUGGGCAGACUGUUCAAUUAACUAGUGGGAAUGUGCAGACGGUUCAGUUGGGACAGAACGUGCAGGUGCCCAACGUGCAGUUGUCUGGCCAGACGGUACAGUUAGCGGGUGGGCAGACAGUGCAAUUGCCAAGUGGGCAGACUUUGCAACUCGCAAGUGGACAAACUGUUCAACUAUCGAGCGGACAGACGCUGCAGUUGGCUGGCGGACAGGCUGUGCAGCUUGCCAACCAGCAGGCAAAGGCUGUCCCCCAGACCAUGCGGGCGCAAUCAUCGACAGAGAAGGCCGCGCAACCCCUGGUUGCCAAACUGCUCACUAAUGCACAGGGUCAGAUGAUUUCGUUGGAGGGUUCGACCGCAGCGGUGCGGCAGGUGGCAGGCGUACGUGUGGUGGCCCCUGCAGCUUCACGCGCCUCGAGACCGCUGUUGCUCGCCGCCGGCAAGCCGCUACACAACAUCAUACUGCAGCAAAGUGACGGCAGUGCUAUCAGGGUUACCUCCAGUGGAGGUGCAUCUACUUCUCAAACUAUAGUUCUAAGUAACAUAGGAGGCCAAGCAGUGACCACGACAAGUUCAGCACCGGUAUUAAAACUGCAACAGGUGAAUCCGUUACAACAAGUAAAACUCGCGCAGGGCAUUAAGUUACAACAGGCGGUGUCGACAGCGACUGUUCCAACGUCGACAGUCCGGAGCGUUUUAAUGGAAGGACAACAGUUGAAACUGCUCGGAGGAAGACACGUGCUGGCGAGGAUACUUCGCCCCGCACAGCCUCCGCACCCACCGCACCCACCGCCCUCAUAAGCCUUGCUCUAGCUGCAGGAAUAAGGUAACUUAACAAAUCAUACUCUGGAGCGGUAGCUGUAGUAAAUAUUUCCAAUGUCAAAGGACCGUUUUUUGUAGCACUUUAAUAAAACCUUGAAUAACUAUUAAUUAAAGAUGAAAAUAAGAAUGGUUUGCAAGAGCUCCGUUUCUUCGUCUUCCUGUCGCCCUACAGUCACUGAAUGAAGAGAUUUCACUCUCACAAACAGCGAAAUAAGCUCGUAUCAUUUUAUCGUGGUACUAAUAAGAGACGAGAAUGUAGCAUGAUUUUCGCAUCAGACCGGUGCUUAUGAAAUUUACCACUGCUCCACUCUAGAAGUUAAGGCAACUUUAUUGCAAACGUUUCUGCAGCUACGUAAUAAUUAUGGCUUUAUUUAUUAAGAAGUAAGGACUAAGUACUAAUUAUGAAGAAGUAAGGACUAUGGCGUUUCUUCUACCAAACCGGUUAGUCAUCUUGCCCACUAUGUAUCUUUUUAAAUUUCAAUUGUAUCAAUGGUAUCAGAGGGUAUUCUUUUUUGUUUGGCCUUGUACCAUCACUAUAAGAAUCUAUAUAAUCUUCGACUAUUUUCAAAGGAUUAGUAGAGACGGGGAAAAGUAAUGUUUUGAAAUUGGUUGUAUAAUUGGUUCUAUAAUAGCACUUCCAUAAGUUCAGUGAGAUGAAGUGUUUCGUUUCUAAUCUACAUCACUACUAAUCUUUAUCUAUCAGGUAUGACUUCAAAAUUAUUUGUAACUGUUUCUCCCUCUUAUAUUUCCUACUACGAAAAAACUUGUUGGAAAACAUAACAAUACAAAUAAUUGUGCCUUUUAAAUAAAUAUAAAGCAAUAUAGCGCCAGCAAAAUACUAAAGAAAACAAGAAACAGAGUGCCUUUUGUUUAUUGUUACCUCACAAGGCCAAAUAAUUGGUUUGAAAUAGAUUACAUAUUUGUUUUUGCAAAAUAUUUGUAAAUAAUAUGUAAAUAAAGUUUUUUAAAUAGUUAGUAAAAACCGCGGAUCACGUAGCUUACACGAUUUAAAUACCGGUGUGGUAGUUCUAUUGUAAAGAAACAUUUAUUUACUUAUAUGUAAUUAGUCCGACGGGCUAGAAAGUAAAAAGAAAUCGCGUAAGUGGUAUUUAAAUUCUUUUAAGUUUCGUGAAAUGCGUGAGAAAGCAAUAAGUAAAAUAUUUUAAUUUCAAUUUUGACAUGUUCUUGUGAACUUUUGUUUUGUAUUUAGUUGUAUAAAUGUAGCAAUGUUUAUGUGUAAAAGGACCAGUAUUUUAUUUUGGAAUGAUUCUCACGUGAGAAUACAAUUAGAGAUUAUUAUUUGUCUCAAUUUUAGUAUGUUAACAAGUUACUGAUUUGUUAAUUUCAAAUCAAUUUAGUAAACGUUAUUUUUUCUAUACUAAUAAAAAUGUAUUUAUGCAGUUUGACCUUAAAAAGGAUUUAUUGUUCUUUCGAGCAUCCUAUUUAUUUA